AGUCUUGUACUGUGUAUACACUGUAUUUACAUACACAUUCAUUGAUUUUUCAUUUUGUGACGAACUCACACAUGCAAGUGAACUAGUGGGUGUUAAGUAUUUUCAGUGUAGGUGUACGUGUUUAGAGAUAUAUUGUCAUUCAAAGUUCAAAACAUCUGUUGUAUGUUGUUGUUGUAUAUUUUCAAUUAUAUAUACAUCAUUUUAUUUCUAGUUCAAUACUUGUAUUAAAAAGCAUUUUACAAAACGAAAUCAUACGACUGAGUGUGAGUGCUGUUAUACUUUAUCAAUUUAUUGUGACGUCAUAGUUUCCAUCUGCCAGUAAAAACGACGCAAUUGUUAUUUUAAUCAAAAAUGGAAUUAAAAUGAGAAAAUUUGUAACGAAUAAGAGUAUAGACAGCAAGUAUGUCGGCGGAGUCUCCGCGGCACGCGCGCUCGGGCGGACCUCUCACGGUGCCCUCCCAGCCGCCCAGCGACCGCAGCAUCAUUGACGCCGUGUCCGGCUUCAUUAAUGACGUCACACUCUCCUCUUCAUCCACUGUUGAUCCAAAGGACGUUAUACAGUGGGCUAGGUUUGAAACAGCAGAUAUAAAUGAACCUACACAAGAAGGGGAUGGUGAUAAUGAUGUUCCACCAUUACUGCUCAUCCUGGGCUAUGGGUCAGGGGUGCAGGUCUGGUUGAUUCCCUCCAAUGGAGAGGCGCAGGAGGUACUGUCGUGGAGACAAGGCACUGUGAGGGUGCUCCGUAUACUGCCAACUCCGCAGCACGGCGACUGCUUUGCAUCGAAAAGGCCCCUCAUAGCUUUGUGUGAUUCUGCCAGUCCAGGACCAGCCUUUUGUUCAUUGAUCUUCUUAUCCAUUAGGGGUGGGGAGCAGGUGAAGAGUAUUAAGUUCAAGAACCCCAUCCUGGAUGUGUUGGCCAAUAAGCGUUCAGUGGUUGUGUCAUUCUCUGAACGUUUUGCUGUUUUUGAUGCUGCUACUUUAGAGGACCGGCUGGCUGUCACCACAUGUUAUCCGUGCCCAUGUCCACUAGGAGGGAGCGCUCCUAUCAACCCUUUAACCCUCGGGGACCGCUGGCUGGCUUAUGCUGAGAAGAAACUCAACCCAUCAAAACGUAGCAGUGGAGGAUGUGAAACUGAAGGGGUAACGAGUUAUACGGCGACUGUACUCCACGCGGCUAAAUCUCUCAGUAAGGGUCUGCGAGGCCUCGGCGAGACGGUGGCGCAUAGUUUGGCGGGCGGUCGCAGCACGUCGCAGUCACCGUCACCACCACACGCUGAUAUACAGCAGCCGGGGGUCGUCACUAUAUUGGACAUCGAGGGUAAUGAAGAUGAAGAUAGUCAAGACUGCGAGGAGCCCUGCGACCCUAUAGUGGCUCACUUCAUCGCUCACUCGGAGGCGAUUAUAGCUCUGAAGUUCGACCCCAGCGGCAUGUUGCUGGUGACCGCCGAUCGGAGAGGUCACGACUUCCACGUGUUCCGUAUAAACCCCCACCCCUGCGGACCCAGCCUGGCCUCCGUGCACCACCUGUAUAUACUACACAGGGGCGAUACUACGUCCAAAGUACAGGAUAUAUGUAUAUCCGGUGACUCCCGUUGGGCGGCCAUAUCGACCCUCCGGGGUACGACGCACGUGUUCGCGAUCAGUCCCUACGGCGGGGCGAUCGGCGUCCGCACUCACACCCAGCCGCGGCUGGUGAAUAGACUGAGCCGGUUCCAUCGCUCGGCAGGCCUGCCCAUACAUCAUACAUCCCACGUCCCGCCCGCCGCUCACAGCCCAGUUCUAGAGUCCGGGGCGUGGUUUCCCAACCCGCGUCUCCCGCCGUACCCGCAGCCCGCGACUUGUUCGCCCCUGGCGCAGCUGAGACCCACACACCUGCCCACCACCACCAUCACAAGGAACAGCUCGGGUCGUCAGCGUCUGUCAUCGUUGUCUGAAGAGGGCGGCGCGGCGCCCCUGUUAGCGCGGGCCUGUUUCGGUGUGAGCGGCUCGACUGGCAGGGCCGCCUCUGUGCCGCUCUACCUUGCGGCGGCUAAUGGGGCAUUGCUGCAUCUGGCUCUACAUCCCAAACCGGCCCGCAGUGUUCCCAAGGAGAAGAUAUGUGACGAGUCUCCCAUCGAGCUGGAGGUUGAGGCGGUGUCGCAGUGGCCUCUACAGCGUCCUGCCGCCGCCUCCGACCUCCUCGCCCCACUCCCUCCCUCCAACCCCCUCUUACAACCCAUGAGCUGUAGGCGUUGCGCGGACAUAUGUAUGAGUGAAGAGGAGCGCUGGCUGUCUCAGGUUGAGAUCGUGACGCACGCCGGCCCGCAUCGCAGACUGUGGAUGGGACCGCAGUUCGUCUUCAAGACAUACAACUGUACGGGGUCUACGUCAUCACUAUCAGAGGCAGAGGCGGUGGAGGUGGACGCCAGCGCAGCCCCGGCCCGCUCCAACCCCGUCAACAUGCCAGGGGCGAGGCCAGCUGUGCCCGUCCUAAUAGACUCCGGAUCAGCCAGUUCCCUGGAACACUCUCCGUCUGACAGUUUCCGUCGCAAGUCGCUGCUGGAGCCGGGGCGAGUGUGCGACGUCCAGCUCAGAGAGGACCUCGCUGAGGCCAUGAAGGAGGAUCACGGUCGCUUCUCAGAGCCGGAGGAGCUAAGCUCGAGCAGUUUUAGUUCCUCGCGGGCGUCCCCGCCGUCGUCUCCCACGCCCAGCUGUGGGGGCGACAUGAUGCACUUCCCGGGGGACUCCAGCUCGUCGCUCUGAGGCAUCGUUAACAUUUGCUGCCUUUGGAACCAGAAGCGCUUGACCUAAGCUGGGCUCGAAUAUAGAACUACAGAAAUAUGAACCGAAAGAAUAAAGCAAAAUUUGCGUGAAAAAGUUAAGUGGAAUUAUGGAGUAUGGUUAAAUAGGAUUUAAAUGGUUCGUUAAGUUUGAACUACGAGUGGUGUGUGACGCGCUCUGUGCAUCGUUUUGAAGUUUUCUGUGGUGUCAAAUAAUAUCCCAUGAUAGGCAAGUAACGACUUUUAAGUUUGUGGCAGUCAAAUGUUAAACGAUUUUUUAUUAUAAUUUUAUAAAAAUGAUCAAUAGAAUAGAAUUUUACAAUUUAUUAUGUGUAUAUCAAUCGUAAUUGUUCAAUAAACGUUUACUUAUUUAUCUAUUAAUAUUUAAGAUUAUUAUUACAACAUAUAAUCGCGUUUAGUUGUAAUCAUGCUUGUCAUUAAGAAACACAUUUUUGUACAACGUCUAAAAGAAUCAAUACAUAAUCGACCUUUAUGACAUAUGUUAAAAAAUAGAAUAUUUGAAAAUAAGAUUGAAAUGUAAAUUAAGGUAUAGAUAUUUUUUUACGAUAAAUAGGUAAUAACUAAUAAUAAGUUUUUUUACUCUGUAUGUAUCGAGUAUAAACGUCACAAUUUGUCAAUAUCGAUUAAUAACGAUAAUCAUCAUUUCUUAGUGUUUUUAAUUUUUUAAUCGAUGUUCUCAAGUAUACAUGUAAGAUUAUGCAUGUGAUUGUGUCAGUAUAAAUAUUUAAUUGCAUAUAGUUGAAAAUGUUAGUGAUGCGCAUUUUAUUUACCGCUACUGUGAUAUGAAUAUUAAUUUGUUUGACGAUUUAUUAGAUAUAUAAACAUUCCGUACAAAGAGACAUUAAUUCAUGCUUCGGAUCUGCUUUGUGACGUUACGCUCGUCUGCUUCCCUGUGUCUUCCUUGAUUCCAUUUCUGUUUUGUUUGUUUUUACGAUUUUCGUUUAAAGGUUCUCAAUAGUUAAUUUUCAUUGUCUAUAACCAAUUUUAUUGCAACAGAGGAAUUUUUUUUAACGAAGACAUUGCGACAGAAAUUUUUAAUUUUAGUGUCAGGUACAGAUAAUUAAUUAUGCUUAUUGGGAACCAAAAUAAUAUUAAGUUACUUUAUUAUUUGUAGUUGUUCGAAGAAGUCCUUAAGUCGGCGUCAUUAGAUUUAAAAGUAUGUAUUCUAUGAGUGGCAUAUUAAAUUAUAAAUUACGUAUUAUUAAUAAAUUCAAAAAUCUCUAAUCUAAACGACAAAUAAUAUAAAUUUCGAGUCCCUUUCUUAUAUUUAUCUCUAUUUAAGUGUUAGCUUUAUACGGAUGCCAUAAAAGAUCUAUAUAACUUCGCCUAUCUUGCAAAUGAAGUUACCAUUGAGAAAUCAGAUCAGGGUAAUCUGCCAUUAUGAGAAGGAAAUACAAAAAGUAACGAAAGUAUUUGGAAUAAAAAUCAUGAAGCUAAAAUUAUUUAUUCAUAAGUAGUCGAAAGUAUGUCGAGUCUUUUAUUUUUAGUUUAUACUUACGUCAUUUAUAUUUAUUUACUUUGAAUUAUGUUAGGAAUUUAUUUUUAUAAUUGUUUUUAUUAAAAUUUAUCAUUUGUCAUCAUGAAGGUUACAAAGGAAGGAGGCAUUAUUAAUUUCCAAUUGUACGAGAAUUUGUUGAAACAUUAAUUCUUUUAUUGAUAUAUAAAAUGAAUAAUGGGAUAUUACUUAUUAUUUAAGUUUUUAAUUUCCGCUAUAAUAAGUUAAAUAACCCUUUCUUUCUAACCUCUAUGACAAUCAUUUAUUUUGGUUGUGAGUAAAUAAGAAUUAUGUUACGCAAAAUGUUUUGUAAGCACGAGAUAUGGGAUGUUUGGCAUGUUUAUUGGUGUAUCUACUUAAAAAAAUUGUGAUGAGGAAAUCUUUGUGAUUGUGAUGGUUGAAUGUGAUAAGAUUAUUGUGCGUUUAGUUACUUUUAAGCGAUAUUCCUAUAUUUUAUUAAGGCUUAUCUAUAAGUUUUUGUAUUGUAAGCAUUGCGUAAAAAUAUAUGGAAUUCUUA